AAACAUUUUUUGCUUUUAAAAAAAUUUGUAAUUUCUUUUAGAUAAUAAAAUAACUUGGUUUCUAAAAAAUGGCAGAAAUUUUACCUCCUAAUUCCGAAACGGAAAGGGAUGAAAAGGAUGAAGAAACGAUAGUUGCAGAUAUUAUCGAAGACGAUGAGAAGGAACCUUUAACAACAAAAGAAUUGAGAGGAUGGUAUUCGUACAGUUUUGCCUGCGGUGCUUACGACACUGCAGUAAUAGGGUUAUUUAUUCCAGUUGUACUUGAAAAUCUUGCAGGAAAAGCUGGUUAUGAACUUGACCUUGUUACUCCCUGUAAUACUACGGUAAAAAAUUAUAAAUGCGUAGUGAAAUUUGGAACUGAAUAUGUUGAUACAUCAAGUUAUUCUUUAUAUAUAAUUGCACUAUCCGUACUUUUUCAAUGUUUUUUAUUUAUUGGUGGUAGUGCAUUAGCUGAUCACGGAGCGAACCGAAAGAAAUUUCUUCUGUUUUAUUCAUAUACUGGAGCCAUUGCUACAGGUCUUUUCUCUCUGUUACUAAAAGCUGGGGAUCAAAGUGAAUGGUAUUGGAUUGCAGGCAUAUUAACUAUAAUCUCGAACUGUUGUUAUGGUGCAGCAUACGUAUUUUACUUAGCAUACAUUCCAAUAUAUUCACGUAUACAUCCAAAAGUGUUAUCACUAAAAAAAACGGAUCCAUCCAAAGAAAAUUUAAUAAAAACUCAAGAAGAAAUUUCAACAAGUUUAUCAGCAGCUAGUACGAGUAUAGGAUUUGUAGCAGGAUUAUUGGUAAUAUUUAUAGGAUUAGGUAUUGUUCUUGGGAUAAAUUCACCUGAUUUUGGAUUACAAUAUGCUAUAUCUUUUGGUGGUGGCUGGUGGUUAGUUGGAUUAACUGCCCCUUUACUUUUAUUAAAAACACAUCCACGACCUCCUUUACCAAGCACUGAAAAUAUAUUUUUGUACUCCUUCAAAAGAACCUUUAAAACAAUUUUAUCAACAAAGAAUUUGUGGCAAACUAUGAAAUUUUUAAUGGCUUGGUUUUUUUUAAGUGAUGGAAUAAAUACUAUAGCCCCAUUAGCUGCUUUAUUUGGAAAAGUAAAUCUUGAUCUUGAGGAUAAAGAUUUAAUUAUAAUAGGAAUUGUUGUUCCAUUAUCUGCAGCAAUCGGAGUUUAUUUCUUUCGUUUAAUAGAAAAAGUUUUUAAAUUAUCCAUAAAAACAAUGAUAUUAAUUAAUUCAUUCUUAAUAAUAAUGGUACCCGUAUAUGCAUUAUUAGGAUUUGUAUUACCAUUUGGGUUAAAAGAAAAAUGGGAAGUUUGGUUAUUUACUGUUUAUUUUGGAUUAAGUUUAGGUAGUGUGCAAUCUUAUUGUCAAACUUUGUUUUGUCGUUUAAUACCAAGAGGACAUGAGAAUGAAUUCUUUUCACUGUUUUUAAUUACAGCAAAGGGAUCCAGUUGGUUAGGUCCUUUGAUAACAGGUGCUAUAUCUAGUGCUACUCAUGAUACAAGAAGUGGAUUCUGGUUUUUAGCUUUUUCAUUAUUGUUUCCUUUUUUGAUUUUUUUAACUGUUAAUGUGGAGAAAGGUAUAGAAGAUGCUAAUAAUUUCGCUAAGAAUGAAAUGGAAGAAAAAGCUUAAAAAAACGAGAUUAGUAAUUUAUGAUUUAGAGUAUAUGGAUGAAAUUAACUAAUAAUAAUUUAAUAAUAAUUUAAUAAUAAUUUAUAGAAUUAUAAAUCAUACCACUGGUGUUCAACACCACAGUUAUAUGUAUUAUUAUUUUUUUUAUUUUUUUUUUAUUAUAUAUUAUUAGUCAAAUUAGAUGUUUCCA